AAGGGCUCUGGCAGGCUCUGACAGAGCGUUCAGUCAUGUUCAGUCCUAAUCUACCCGAGAUCUGACAAUCUUGAUGUGUCCGAUCGAGGAUGUUUCGGGGAAGACAGGAGGGCAGGGUGUUCCGAUAACGGUAUAAGUGAUGGAUGACAAGUUGGACACUCGCUGUCUUUAGAAACCCGACAGUGGCUGAUGUCAUGGGUAGACAUCGUGACCGUAUAAAGGGGAAUGGGAUGUCGUGGAAUACCUUCUAUCCCUUCUCUCACAGUUCAUCGACAUGUCAGAUACCACUGGGAAGACCAUUACCUGCAAAGCUGCUGUUUGCUGGGGCGCAGGUGAACCUCUCAAAAUCGAAACGGUCGAAGUUGCACCGCCGAGGGCACAUGAAGUCCGUAUCAAGAUUCUGUACACAGGUAUUUGUCAUACCGAUGAGUACACUCGCAGCGGCAAGGACCCCGAGGGUCUUUUCCCUGUGAUCCUGGGCCACGAAGGAGGCGGCAUCGUUGAAUCCGUUGGUGAAGGAGUCACGGGCGUUGCUGUCGGCGACCAUGUCAUUCCCUUGUACACAGCUGAGUGCAGAGAAUGCAAGUUCUGCAAGAGCGGCAAGACCAACCUCUGUGGAAAAGUGCGAACUACGCAGGGUCAAGGUCUUAUGCCCGACAGCACAAGCCGAUUCAGCAUUAACGGCCAGAGCAUCCAUCACUUCAUGGGCACCUCCACAUUCUCUGAGUACACUGUUGUAGCUGACGUCUCUGUUGUUGCUGUCAACAAGUCGGCACCGCUGGACAAAGUCUGUCUCUUGGGUUGUGGUAUCACCACUGCUUGGGGUGCUGUCAUGAAGCAAAACGGAAUUAAGGGCUCCACCGUCGCCGUCUUUGGCUGUGGUGCUAUCGGCUUGGGCGUCAUUUCGACCUCGGCAAUCGUCGGUGCCUCUCGUAUCAUCGCUGUUGACACGAACCCUGGCAAGGAAAGCUGGGCGAAGAAGAUGGGAGCAACUGAUUUUGUGAACCCAACGAAGUUGCCGGAGGGUAAACGUAUCCAGGAUUACCUCAUUGAGGUCACCGAUGGUGGUCUGGACUUCACAUUCGAUGCUACCGGCAAUGUCCAUGUCAUGCGAGCUGCUUUGGAAGCAUGUCACAAGGGCUGGGGAGUCUCGACUAUCAUUGGUGUCGCCGCUGCGGGCCAGGAGAUCUCUACUCGUCCAUUCCAGCUGGUGACUGGCCGUGUAUGGCGUGGCUCUGCCUUCGGAGGCGUCAAAGGACGCACUGAAAUCCCCGGCCUCGUCGAGGACUACCUGAAAGGCACCCUCAGGAUUGACGAAUAUGUUACUCACCACCGCAAGUUCGCCGAAAUCAACGAGGGCUUCCACGAUAUGCAUGCGGGAGACUGCAUCCGCUGCGUCGUCGACAUGUCCUAAAAACUGGAGGUUUGCACAAUGUCAAGACUCUGAGACGAUUUGAACAAGUAGUGUAUUAUAGGGUGUCGCGUCCGGACGGGUCAGACCAAUGUAGCAAGAAUCCAUAUGCUUCAGUAGCAAAUGUAUACAAUGAUAAAUAGUCAAGAUACCGCUUCGUCUGGUCCUGUUCACUAGGCUCGUUGAAUGCGGGGUCGAACAUUCUUCGACCCAAUCAUGGCACCCCACAACUGCACCAAGGCAGCAUUAACCUCCCUCCUUCGGACAUUUGACUUCUUCCAGAUGAGCCUGAGCACUCCAAGAAUAGCCAGAGUGAACGUGAUGUCGAGACAUAGACGACGUAUAAUGAUCAAAAGUGGCGAACGAUUUCCACCGUGGGCGAAGAAGACUAGCAACUGCUUUAGCGUACCCGAUAUUCGCGCCAUUGGCCGCACGAUAUAAGACCAUAGGCCAAGGUCAUUGAUAUCCCAAUCGGGCCAUCCUUCUUCAUCGUUUGGGCUAGCUCUUCCUGAAGAACCUCUUGUAGGUAGUGACAACGUAGAGUGUCUGGCAACCGCGUUGGUCGACUCCAGCGCGUCGAUGCGCUCGGUAAGUGCAGCGAGGUGCGCCUGGACAUUCUCUACUGCUUGUUCAAGAGUGAGCCGUGAAGGUGGUCUUCCAGGUACAGGUGUCAUUGAGAUCAUGGAUUGGCGUUGAGGGUAUGGCAACGAGUGACGGGAAUGUGGCAGGGCUGAGUGCAUUUGUGGGAGAGCGAUGUUGUGCUGAGGGGAAGGGUAAUUGUCCAUUUGGGAGGAUGGGUAUGUGGCGGAGGCGGCGGAAGCAGAUAAGGGGUAAUCAGCGAAUGCUGACGGAGCCUCGAAUCCCGGUAGAGGUUGCAUUGGGGGGACACUAGAACGUCUGGCUGGUGGUGGGGAUGAGGGAGCAAACGAGCCAGACAGUGGUGUGCGGUAUCUCGAGGACAUGGAUGAUAAAGGCCGCAUUAACUGCCCAGAUUCUCGGACGGAGGGCAGCUCUCGCGCCUCGUCCUCGGAUUCAUCACCACUGCUAUCUUCAUCCGCGGUCUGCAUGUCAGGAUCCCGGCCUUGAGAAGAAUUAAACGCAUGAGAUGAACGGGCGGGUUCACCGUCCGAUGAGCCCGACGAGUCUGAUCCUCGAGACCGAGUCAUCGAAUGACUUAGCACCAGAUUCGAGGGGUCGCCACCGUACGACUCAAGCUCUUGAAUAAGCUCUUGAGCAGCAGACUUGUCGGCCUGCUUUUUGAGCGCCUUCAACAGAGCAUCUACAUAGAGCCAUUUAGCUUCGUAAGGGUCUAAGUCUUUGUGUUUCGCCCAUGCAUCCCAUUUGGCCCGGCCAAGCAUAUCCCAGAUGCCGGGACGAGGGGACCUGACAUUACCGACGGUAGCUUGCUUGUAUAACCUGUACAUGGCCAGCUUUUCCUCGUAUCCAGUCUGAAUUGGCCCUGCCUUGGGUAGGCCCUGGACAAUCUCUACUGCACGGUCGAAUUGGGCAUCGAUAAGUUGUCGCGAGUC